AUGCGCCUCGCCUCUGUUAUUCUCCUGUGCCUCCUGUUUUGGGUAUGCAGUUCAAGCGUCUUCCGCCGACCACCAGGCGCCGGCCCCACCGGCGACUUCCGGGAUAACCCACAGUAUGCCGAGGGCGAGUUGGUAGACCUUCAAUGGGAUUCCACGGAUGAUUCAGCCAUUGAUUUAACCAUAAUUCAAGUGUCCGAGGAGUCAGAGCCAGCUUCUGCCACCUUGUUUUUGGGCCAACAAACGACGAGGUGGACGUGGCGGGUCGGCUUCCACCGCUUUUGGGCCUCUCACGACCGGGAUCUGAGCAACGUUUACUACCUUGUGAUAACGCCGGCCGGACAGGGAGGGGCUGGUUCGACGUCCCACUACUUCAACAUCACCCGCAACGCUGCGUCCUCCGGACCGUCGUCAUCGUUGUCAUCCGUUUUGUCCCCGGCGGCAACAUCUACCGCAACAAACAUACCAAAGCCGAGCGAUGACGCGGGGCUAUCAGGAGGUGCGGUGGCCGGUCUCGCAAUCGGAGCGACGUUUGGGACACUCGUUGUUGUGGGUAUCGUCGGAUUUCUGAUCUGGAGGUGCUGGAAGCAUGGGGAGAAGAGGAAGAGGGCAGUAGCAGCGGGGGUUACGGCCACGAGUGACACGAGCGAGGUCCAUCUUCAUAAGCGAGACACGUCUGGGCCGUCGGGUGAGUUAUGUGGCGAGAGUACGCAACGCUUCGAGACGGAGGGUUCAGAACCGAGGGACUUGAGGUUUGAGAUGUCGGCUGAUACGGUCAGACGGGGUGAAAACGUUAUUUUGGGUCAAGGUGGAGAGUCUCGCUAUUAG